CAGGAUAAAGAGACAUGUUUCCUAAUGAUGCAGAUUGAAAUCUUAGUCCCAAUUCUUCACUCCCCUCUAACAGGAUUAGACAUUCACACUUUUUGCCAUUUAAUUUUGCCUUGCCCUCUGACUGUGGGUGUAAUUAAUGUUAAGCUUAGGCAUCUGUAACAUUAGUAUACUUGGGAGCAGAGGUUUUUAUGAUUUCUUGUACUCUGGUGAUCCACCAAGAGAAGAAUAUGUCCUGGUAACCAUUGUCCUUUUUUCCUGAGUUGCAUAAAGACACCUGUGGAGCAGGUCUGAAUGGAUUCUGCAGCCCAGCCCUCCAGGCAAGCCCAGCCUACAUAACCUGAACAGAGAUUCUGCAAACCUGUGAAUAAGAGAAUAAAUGCUUGCUGUUGCAUGCCACUGAGUUUAAAAGUGGUUUGUUAGGCAGCAUUACUAUGAUCACAAUAACUAAUACAAAUAAUAAAAGAAGCCACAGGAAGAUGAAAUAAUAAAUCUGAAAAAGAUCACCAAGGGAAACUGGAAAGUAACAGAACACGUCUAAGUAUGGCUAGGGGCGGGGUGCAAAGAGGGCUGGGAAGCAGACUAAGAAAGAGUGACGAAUGGGGAGGAAAGACCACGUGAAACCAGAUACAGAAAUUUCUUUCAAGCGGUUGCCAAUUAUGCCAAAAGGCGACACAGAAGUCAACUGAGUUAUACCCUUCUCCAGGUGAGGCUCAAAAGAGAAGGAAAGAAUGCAUGAUGAACUUCUGCAAGCAGUGUCCAAGGGCUCAAUGAUGUUCAGGGACGUGUCUGUAAACUUCUCUCAGGAGGAAUGGGAAUGCCUGGACUCUGGUCAGAUGAAUUUAUACAAAGAAGUAAUGUUGGAGAAUUUCAGCAACCUGGUUUCAGUGGGACUUUCCAGUUCUAAACCGGCUGUGAUCUCCUUAUUGGAACAAGGAAAAGAGCCCUGGAUGAUUGACAGAGAACUGACCAGAGGCCUUUGUUCAGACCUGGAAUCCAUGUGUGAGACUAAGUUAUUGUCUCUAAAGAAGAGACAUUUUAGUCAAGUAAUAUUUACCCAUGAAGACCUACCCACUUUUUUUCAGCCCACAUUUCUCAUUUCACAUCAAAAAACUAUUAAUGAAGAGAAAUCCUGUGAAUGUAAAAUAUGUGGAAAGGCCUUUAAUCAAAACUCACAGUUUAUUCAACAUCAAAGAAUUCAUUCUGCUGAAAAAAAUUAUGAAUGUAAGGAGUGUGGGAAAUCCUUUAGUCGUGGCUCACUUGUUACUCGACAUCAGAGGAUUCACACUGGUGAAAAACCCUAUGAAUGUAAAGAAUGUGGCAAAGCUUUUAGUUGUAGUUCGUAUUUUUCUCAACAUCAGAGGAUUCACACUGGUGAGAAACCCUAUGAAUGUAAGGAAUGUGGAAAGGCCUUUAAUUAUUGCUCAAACCUUAAUGAUCAUCAGAGAAUUCACACUGGUGAAAAACCCUAUGAAUGUAAAGUAUGUGGAAAAGCCUUUACUAAGAGUUCACAACUUUUUCCACACCUGAGAAUUCAUAUUGGUGAGAAACCUUAUGAAUGUAAGGAAUGUGGGAAAACCUUUACUCAACAGUCAAGGCUUAUUCAACAUCACAGAAUGCACACUGGUGAGAAACCUUAUGAGUGUAAGGAAUGCGGGAAGGCCUUUAGUAGUGCCUCAACACUUACCAACCAUCACAGAAUUCACACUGGCAAGAAACUCUAUGAAUGUAAACAAUGUGGAAAGGCCUUUAUUCAGAGCUCUGAACUUAUUCAACAUCAGAGAAUCCAUACAGAUGAAAAACCAUAUGAAUGUAAUGAGUGUGGAAAGGCUUUUAAUAAAGGCUCAAACCUUACUCGUCAUCAAAGAAUUCACACUGGUGAGAAACCUUAUGACUGUAAAGUAUGUGGAAAGUCCUUUGGUAGUCGCUCUGACCUCAUCCGCCAUGAAGGAACUCAUAAUGGAUAAGUGAUAGUUCCUUUUGAUAAACUUGAUAGUAAUAUUUUUAAAACAGUGAUGCAAAAAAAAAAAAGCAAGGAAAAAAACUGAAGGUUCUUCUGUGUAAUAGUUUCCUAGGGCUGCUGUAAUGAAGUACCAAGUACCACAAAACAAGGUGGAUUAAAACAACAGAACUUAUUCUCUGAUAGUUUUUGAGACUUGAAACCCAAAAUCAAAGUUGUUGGCAAAUUUGGUUCCUUCCAGGGACUCAGGAAGAAUCUGUUUCACACCCUUCUCCUAGCUUCUUAUAGCAGCAAGUUUUGACAUGCCUAGGCUUAUAGAAGCAUUGCUGCUAUCUCUGCCUCCAUCUUCACACUGCGUUCUCUGUGUAUCUCUGCAUCUGUUCUGUUAUACAGAUACAGGUCAUGUUGGAUUAGGGCUCACCUAAUCUUAAAGGACCUCAUCUUAACUUGAUUUUAUCUGCAAAGACCUUAUUUCCAGGUACUAUCACAUUAACAUACCAGGGGUUUGGACUUCUAACAUAGUUUCACCCGUUACACUAUUAACACUAUUUUUUCUAAUGUGUUUGUAAUUUUAUACAUAAUAUUAAUCAAAUGUAUUUUUUAAUGUAAAUAAUGUGAAUUCAAGGUCUAAAUUAAACCCCCUUUUCCCUCAAAAAUUCUAUCCCCAAAAUUCUAUGUUUUAGGACCAUCUUUUCUAUUUCUGUGGCCUACAUAAUACUACACUGUAAAUUGUGUUGCAUAGGCUGUCUUUGAAUUCAUGGUGGAAUUAUAAAUUUGUAUUUGAAGGCAGCUCUAUUCUUCUUUUGUUAGGUUAAUAUUUUCUUGUCGUUAAAAAAAAACAGGGCACAAAGAAAAAAAGAUUUAUAAGCCUGUGAAACAGAAAUGACUUCUUUCAAAUUAUCAUAAUAUAUCCUUGCAGGCUUUAUUUAAUGUAAUCAUGACAUACAUGUUGUACUAUAACCUGCUUUUAUGCUACUGUUUAAGUACAGGUGUUUAUGUAU